GACUUCUGCUGGCGUGCUGGGUAGCGAGACAGCCCGGACCAUCACCGUCUGAUUUCUGAAGCGCUUCGCAUAGCCAUGGCAAAGCGUGUUUGGCUUCCGAGCCUGCUGCUGGCCCUUUCUUUGCGUUCUCUUUGGCCUUCAGGCUUCAGUUUCGUUGUCGCACCGCAGCACAGCCGCAGCCUGCGUGGCCGCAGCUGUGUCACGAGGGAAGCGGAAGAAGGCAGCUCGGUGAAGCUCAUGCUGAGCGCGGAGGAGCGUCAGGGACUGCUGGACUUGGGCUACUCCCCGGACGAGGCGGCCGAGAUGAGAAUGGAGCUGGCGCUGGUGGUGUUGGAGCGUCAAACGAGACGGCCUUGGGGGGAGCAGCCCAUGCCCCAGGAGUGGCGAGACGAGGCAAUCCGCCAGGCGCGCUUGGCGGACCUGGAAGCGCCGCAGGCAGCAAGCAGCUCAUCAAGCACUGGCGGACCAGACUUUAGCUUAGUGGUCGGUGGCACUGUGGUGGCUUUGCUGGUGCUGGUUGCAAUCCUUGUGGUGGUUGCCGGCCCGGCUCCACCAGAAGGACCUACGCCAAGUGGAUAUUUGCCACCUGCACAAGGGGGUGGAUAUAUUGGAAGUUUGCCUGAGUAUUCCCUGAAAUCCUAGAACCGAAGCGCUGGUGUGCAGUCUUACGUCCUGCAUUUCGCUGGGUUGGGUGAAUCCAUAUAGUUGGAAGAAGGUAAAUGUGCUGGCGUUUACUAGUUGUUCCGGUGAAGUGCUUCGGAAUGACUUGAAAUUGAAUGAUG